UGUAAAUAAUAAAUCCGACAGAGAUAUUCGUUAACCGUUAGCUUGAACCAAGACUAUCGUGAUCAACCCAGAAUCCAACAACCUCAAAUGCCAAGUUCUAACAUCUUUCCUCCAAGUUUUCCUCCCUUUCCGGCAGUACCGCACGGCGUCACCAUCAUUCCUUUCGAAGAUUUCAUGCCGUACGGCUACAAACGCAUUACGACAGAGACUGGAGAAGAAAUCGAAGUUGAUGCUCUUGGUGGCUUGCCCACCGUGAAGGUUCUCUCCGAUGAAGAGGUCAUUCAAAGAAAUAAAGACCGUAAACGGCGUAGAAAUGCAGGACAGAGCGCAGAUGCCACAGGCAGAAUUGUGCCUUGGUGGGAGGAAUGGGAAGAAGGUGAAAAUACGCGUACCACGAGCGAGCCAAUAGAACUGCAGAACAGCCUCGUUGAUCGAGUUCACCAAGUCGCGGAUGAUUUCCGGGUUGGUCGUACUUGGCCUCCGAUAGCCUCUGGAGUCAGAACGCUAUGGGAUCAUUUUCGUCUGUACAUUGGCCUUCUGUCCAGCUUGCCGAUCUACCGCAAAGUCAGGAAAUCUAAGGGUGCCACAAACAUGUCUUGUGAAGGAGGCGGUGACGCCUCAGAUGACGAUGAUACCCCAAAAGCUAAAGAGAUAAAUCCCAAUAUUAUUCAAGAUCCACUGGAACAGAUCGCCCAUCCAGGCAAACAACUAGAGCCAAGUGAAGGAGAGACAGAUGUCCAGAUUCGUUUACUCGAAACCUUCCUUGAAGACAUGGAGAAGUCUAUCAAGGUCUUCAUGUCUUCAUACAUGCGGGAUAAAGGUUUGAUCUGGUCGGAGCGCAACCUUUUCAUUGCACCCACAGUACUGCACUUUUUCCUUCGCUUCAUGCAGCGUAACGGUGUUUUUGCUGGUUUCGAAGCUUAUACCGAUAAUUUAAACCGCGCGGUGGUUGUCGCAGAGCUUGCUAUCAAGGAGCUUCCUUUGACAGCUAAGGUUGCACGGGUUUUGCCGGGCACGUUCGACGCUGCGUGCAAGGAAUGCUGGGGAUCCAAAGGAGGCCUCAGCAUGUAUACCUCUGCCACUCUUGACUCCGGGGAUGGAUGUACUGGCAUAGAUACGCCCGCUUCGUCGGCGGUUAGCACAUUCGAAGAGGCGCUCAAAGCUGAUCACGCUGAAAUCGUGUCCUCGGACGUUGUCCUUGACUCAUUGAUGGCCAAGGAGGUUUUGGAUGACACCUUCGGCGUUGGUGAUGUCGUGAACGUUGCCCUCCCUCCAGUGGAUGACCCUUGGGUUGCAGCUGUUACCGCAGGGCAGAACACUACGGUCUCAUGGACUGAUAUCAAAGUUGACUCACUGCUUACCUUCCUCGGCCCGACUCGCCUGCCUCUGUCACAUACCGCUGGUGUUGUCGAAUUCUCGACACGCAAAGUCAAAGAAGUAAUACUGCCAGAGCCUGUCGGAUCAUUUCCAGACACUCCUUCCGCAGCGGUUGAGCAGGAGCUAGGAAGCCGCUUCGCACGUAUCGUGAUGGAACCUUGGGUUCGCAUCCCAACAGACGAACUUCUUGAUAUCAUGAAGCCAAUCAUCACAUCUUCCAGUCGCGGAGCCGUCAUCAAGGACCCGUUCGCAGAUAACCUCGAUGUUUCUGAUGCCUACAAUCCCUGCCGUGAUGACUUGACCGUCCUCAUCGACCCAGCAUCCGUAGAUGACUUCCGUGUCGGCCUUGGUUUGUGCGGCACGUGGGUUCAAAUUGCUCGCUGCGAAGACGUAGAGAGUUCUGUCGGUGUUAUAGAUCAGGAUACCCCACACGUCAGCAAGCAUCCUCGCGAUUGCUUCUGGUAUCUAGAAGAUGUUGCAUCUAUCUUCCCCAGCUUUUACACGGAGUCCGAGGUGGAGAUCGACCUUGGCCAGACGACCGACAAUGAUGAGCUUUGAAUGUCUGCAGCUCUCCUGCAUCCCGAUGCGCAGGAAGAAAUAAUCACUGUAUAUGUUUUAUUACCAUCACGGAUAUCUUGCUUCACUUGCUUGAUACGUCGGUAGUAGUUGGCGACAGGACUUGCUCAUUUUCAUAUGCAUUGUUGCUACUUCUCUGUCAAGCGAGCCAUUCUUGCAACGUUGUCGUUUUUUUAGUACUUAGGUACUCUGGCAUGGCAAAUCAGCCGAACUCGUCUCCACAAAAUUGUAGCAUUAAUGACAUUACAGUUAAAAGUCA